CCCUCCGCGAGGGGGUGACUUAAGCGACGGAGGGCGGCGGAGCCCAGUUGCGUCCUUCCUCGCAGCGCCGCCGGGCCCAGCCCCGCGCCCCCCGCCAUGAACUGCGCGGCCGAAGCCGAGUUCAACAUUCUCCUGGCGACCGAUUCGUACAAGGUUACUCAUUAUAAGCAAUAUCCACCCAAUACAAGCAAAGUUUAUUCCUACUUUGAAUGCCGAGAGAAGAAGACUGAAAACUCCAAAGUAAGGAAGGUGAAAUAUGAGGAAACCGUAUUUUAUGGGUUGCAGUACAUUCUUAAUAAAUACUUAAAAGGGAAAGUCGUGACCAAAGAGAAAAUCCAGGAAGCCAAAGAGGUCUACAAAGAGCAUUUUCAAGAUGAUGUCUUUAACGAGAAGGGAUGGAACUAUAUUCUUGAGAAGUACGAAGGACAUCUUCCUAUCGAAGUUAAGGCUGUUCCCGAGGGCUCCGUCAUUCCUCGAGGAAACGUUCUUUUUACGGUGGAAAAUACGGAUCCCGAGUGCUACUGGCUGACAAAUUGGAUCGAGACAAUACUUGUUCAAUCCUGGUACCCAAUCACGGUGGCCACAAAUUCCAGGGAGCAGAAGAAAAUUUUGGCCAAGUAUUUGCUGGAGACUUCUGGUAGUUUGGAAGGUCUGGAAUACAAGCUGCAUGAUUUUGGUUACCGAGGUGUUUCCUCCCAAGAGACUGCUGGAAUUGGAGCUUCUGCCCAUUUGGUUAAUUUCAAAGGAACUGACACAGUAGCAGGAAUCGCUUUAAUUAAAAAAUACUACGGGACAAAAGACCCCGUCCCUGGGUAUUCCAUUCCCGCUGCGGAGCACAGUACUAUAACGGCUUGGGGUAAAGAUCAUGAAAAGGAUGCCUUCGAACAUAUAGUAACACAAUUUUCAUCAGUCCCGGUGUCUGUGGUCAGCGAUAGUUAUGACAUUUAUAAUGCAUGUGAAAAAAUCUGGGGUGAAGACCUAAGGCACUUAAUUGUAUGCAGAAAUGCAGCGGCGCCACUGAUAAUUAGACCAGAUUCGGGAAAUCCUCUUGACACGGUAUUAAAGGUUUUGGAAAUCUUAGGUAAAAAGUUUCCUGUUGUGGAAAACUCGAAAGGCUACAAGUUACUGCCACCUUAUCUCAGAGUUAUUCAGGGAGAUGGAGUAGAUAUCAACACCCUACAAGAGGUUGUCGAAGGCAUGAAGAAGAAGAAGUGGAGUAUUGAGAAUAUCUCCUUUGGGUCCGGUGGAGCUCUGCUGCAGAAGUUGACGCGGGAUCUCUUGAAUUGCUCCUUCAAAUGUAGCUACGUCGUGACUAAUGGACUCGGGAUUAAUGUCUUCAAGGAUCCUGUCGCCGAUCCAAACAAAAGGUCAAAGAAAGGUCGUUUGUCUCUACAUCGGACCCCCAAUGGGAACUUUGUCACGCUCGAAGAAGGAAAGGGAGACCUCGAGGAAUGUGGACAUGACCUCCUCCAUACCGUCUUCAGGAACGGCAAGGUGACGGAGUGCUACUCGUUUGACCAAGUGAGGAGAAACGCCCAGCUGAAAGACCACGAGCUGGACCCCGGCCCCCAUUAGCCUCCAGGCUCCUCUAGGGGGGCCGGAGGGGUGGGGGUUGGGGGGCAUAUGUGAGGGUGGAAGGCCUAGCUAAUGGUAUAUUGUACAGAGCUGUGUGGUUUUUGUGUUGGACGAUGCAGUACAGCCAAAUUAUUUGUUGGUUUAUGCCCUAUAUACUGCCCUAUUUUUUUGCCAGUGUUUAGAAGAUGGAAAGUUGGGAGAGGACACUUAACUGGGGAAAAGGAUUCAGCGCUUUUUAGGGCCCUUUGCCAAUAGCUAGCGAUUCAAUCUGGUAUUGAUCUUUUCACAGAUAACACAGCUGAGAAACUUUUUUAUAUAUAACAGAAUAUCACAUAAAGUGGAUUUACAUACAAUGAUCAUGAUUGCUUUAUGUUUAUAUUUAACUUGUAUUUUUGUACAAACGAGAUUGUGUAAAAUAUAUUUAAGGUUUCAGUGAUUUAACGGUAUUUCCAACUUUUCAUGAUUUUUACGAGCACAGUUUCAAGAAAAUACUUGAAGAGAAAAUUCAUUGCCUUUUGUCCAUUAAUCAGCAAAUAAAACAUGGCCUUAACCAAGUUGUUGGUGUCACUGUCCCGUUUGAAACACUGACCUCACAGUCCCACGUGGUACUCGUGUUAUUUCCGCAUUAGAGAACACGAUGGUUCUUGUGGAGCGCUCAGGACCCGGGUCGCGGGUCACACCAGUCAGCGCCUCGGGCACGGUGUGAGGUAGAGACCCGCAAAAUGCCAAAUCGGAAAGGAGUCCAUACUGCGAAUGGUGCCGGCUAUUGCCUAUGACUCUAAUAUGCACCUCAAGAUUUCGAAGAGAUAAUGUUUUUAAGAGAACGCCUCUUCCAUGUAGGAUAUAUAUAUAUGUGUAUAUAUAUAUAUACAUACCUGUAAAAUAUUGACAGAUGUGGAAGUGGUGUAUUUUAAAGUAAUGACACUUCUGGGCUUAUUUUUCAUAUUCUAGAGACGACAUGACUGCCAUGAAAUAUUGGACUGGGUAGUGCACUUCAUUUUAUUUUGAUUUUUACUUUCUUAUCCAUCAGGUCUUUUUUUCUUGUCAAACUGGAAUUGAACUUUUUUUUUUCCUUUAAAGAAAAAACCAACAAAAACAUUGUAGAAAGUAGUGACCCAUGCAAACUUCUGGAUCUGGACGACGGGGGGCCAGGGCCGGCCGAUGGAGAGCGUGACCGACCGGAGCCGGGGCCCGGUCUGGGCUCAACGGGUGCCCCGGGGCGUGGUUCCGAGCCCGCACGGGGCGGCCGCGAAUUGAAUAACGCUCUGCCAAGUCCCGGCCUGGUCCUGUCGCGUCCAGAGGCUGCUCUCCGGAGGAAGAGGAGGCCGGGCGGGUGGUCCCCAAGCCUCAGGCCGGGAAGACUCUUGCCCGUUCUGAACUCUUUCCCUAUCGGGAACGGCCCUUCUGAUGUUCGGUGAACUCCCUUAAGGAGCUGGGCCUGGGAGGCUGGGCUGGAGAGGAUCCUAGACGAAAAAAUCAACCGUCGCCGUGAGAAGGGUCUAAAACCAAAAAGCCAUAAAAACACAGCUCUCGGACAGAGCCGAGCCGGCGGAGGCGGCGGGCGACCCCGAGAGGGGCGGUUCGGUGUUAAUAGCUGUUCCAAGCACUGGGAAAGAACGUGCUUCUCCGCCUCUCCUGGCGAUCCCGGACGCCGAAUCGCAGGUGGCUUCGGAGAUGGCCGCAGACGGCCACUAGCCGCCCAUCCCCGAGGACGGCUUCCCCACCGCGUCACUCUGGGCCAGGAAACACUUUGGUUUUCAAGUUAGUUCGCAAAAGCAAUUCUGGAAAGAUUCUUUAGGGGAGAGAAGAGCUUGUAUUUUUCCACUCGGUGCGCCAAGGGGUUUUGUCAGGUUCCUUGGUUCAAGGAAAGAAAAAAAGCUGCAUUUAUUGUGUGCCACUAACGAUUUUGAUAGCUAUCGACUACCCACAACGGAUAUUUUUGUAUUUGAUUCAACCACUGGGAAUAUGCUGCGAAUGCCCUCUUAUCGUCUGUGUACCCCAAAUUCCAGGAGCGAUCGGUGUUGGCGAGUCUAGACCGGAGUUUAGUUUGGACUUUCUCCGGAUGCUUGAAGCUGCUCAUCAAUGUACAUAACGGUUUUCCUGCAAUCCUUCAUUUCUCCAGUUUCAAGCUGGGCCUCGGUGCCGACCGCCGGUGAGCUCCUGUCAGCGCUCCCACCCCAGGCACCGAGGGAUUAACACUGAACUCUUAUUGCUGUGCGUGACCCUUACGAUAUCCUGAUUCUUCCAAACAGAAGCAACCUGCAUGUUUGGGUUGGCUUUAAAUCUCUAGAUUUGUAGCUAGUGGAAAUAAUUAGGCCCCUCCCAUUCCGUCACCUAGUCAGAUAUUUGUAUUGAAAUAGGAGGUGGGAGUUUUUGUGUUGAGAACCUUAAUUUAUUUGUAAGCUGUACUUAGCGUAAAACGGCAUUCGUGAGGACGCCUCAUUUCUUUCCCCGAGACGAACCGUCAGGAAAUCGAUACGCACUCUUUUUGUAGAGAACUCCACCGUGGAAGAUCAGAGGAGCAACUGGGAAGGUGUUUUAGCGUUCCGUUUGCCAAAAUCCAGAACUGCGGUUUCAAUGAGUUUUUGUAGUUUUACAUUCCUUUACCUGUUCCGUGGAGGAUGUCCACUCUUCUUAGUCACGUGUUAAAGCGAUCCUACUAUGUACUCUGCAUCGAUGAAAUCUGUAAUGAACAUGGAAAUAAAUUUAGUUCUGUUAGUGAAA